AUGUUCCCCUCACAAGCGGCCAAUUUGAACAUUGAAGCCCUGAGUGGUAUCUGUGGCUCCAUAUCCAUUGCCUGCUGGGUGGUAGUUUUCUCUCCACAAAUCAUUGAGAACUUCCGACGUGGUUCCGCAGAUGGGCUUUCACUUCUUUUUCUCAUCGUUUGGCUGGCUGGCGAUGUCUUCAACAUUCUCGGUGCAGUCAUGCAAGGUGUGCUGCCAACAAUGAUUAUCUUGGCAGUCUACUACACAUUAGCAGACAUUGUCUUACUUGGACAGUGUUUCUAUUAUCGAGGCUUUAACAUUCGUGAAGAAUUCUCGUCUUCUCCCACACCAGAGCCUGCUGCCACCGGCGCACUAGGUGAAGAUGAGGGUGAUCAGUCUGCCCCCACACCAACUGAGCGAUCUUCUCUAUUACCUAAGUCAAAAUCGACGAACGGAAAUGGAAAUCAAGAGUCUUCAGUGAACGGAAAUGGUAUUCGCCAUUCUGCAGAGGAAAGACGUCCGUUAUCCUCAUCAGCGGGUGAAAGACGACACUCUGCAACCUCAUUUCGAGAUAUCCUACACUCAUCUGUGGAUGGAACCCAUCUAUCACCUGCUACACCUUUCAUUGAUACAAAUGCGGCUCGUGCUCGUCGACGCCGUCGACGUAUCUCCACCAUUAAAGCCGUUCUAUUCAAUACCACCGCCAUUGCCCUUGUCUGCGCGGCAGGUGUGGUAGGUUGGUACCUUAGUCCUGCCCCAAAGAGCUCCAGCUCAGAUCCAGAAUCUCUCACUAUGGAUCCAUUGGGUCAAACAUUUGGAUACCUGUGCGCCGUCCUGUACCUGGGUUCACGACUCCCCCAGCUUCUCCUGAACUACCGGCGCAAGUCUACUGACGGCGUGUCUCUGCUUUUCUUUCUCUUCGCCUGCAUUGGCAAUGUGACAUAUGUUUUGUCCAUCUUGGCAUACUCACCGGUCUGUCGGGGCCACAUUUCGAUCAUAGACCUUCCGAAUACCACUUCACAUCGCCAUUCUAAAUGCGAGUCAGGAGAGGCCGCUGCAAUUUAUGGGCGGUAUGUAUUGGUGAAUCUCUCAUGGUUGAUUGGUAGCUUUGGAACCCUACUAUUGGACAUGGCGAUCUUCGUACAAUUCUUCUUGUACCGCGACGCGAAGGAUUUAGAUGAGGAGUACCAUGAUGAUGAUCAAUAA